GCCAUGCUGACUGCAGUGUUGCUGUGCUGUGCUCUGCUGCUGGCACUGCCUGCCAUGCAGGGGGCCCAGAUGGGCUUGGCCCCCCUAGAGGGCAUCAGAAGGCCUGACCAGGCCCCGUUCCCAGAGUUGCCAGGCCUGGGUCUGAGGCCUGGGCUGAAAAGGACAACUGCAGAACAGGCGGAAGAAGCUCUGCUGCAGGAGGCCAAGGACUUGGCAGAGGUGCUAGAUCCAGAAGGACGCGAACCACGCUCCCCGCGUCGCUGUGUACGGCUGCACGAGUCCUGUCUGGGACACCAGGUACCGUGCUGUGACCCAUGCGCCACGUGCUACUGCCGCUUCUUCAACGCCUUCUGCUACUGCCGCAAGCUGGGUACUGCCAUGAACCCCUGCAGCCGAACCUAGGUGGCCGACGUCAGAGUCGAGGCUGGAAUAGGGAGGCGUGAAUAAAGUUUGGGACCAACCCUGAGGCUGUGGCAUUAUUUCGAACGUGGCUGUCGGAGGGGGAAGGUCAGGGCAGGGAUGGGGAUGCCUCAGAGCCUAGAAACCACACACACACCCCUACCCCAGGGCCUGUGUUACGUCAUCAUCUGAGUUACUUACAAGUACGCUCUUAGGGCGCCAGGUGCCGUUGGGGUAAGCAAAGGAGAGCCUGGCUCCAGCCUUCGCAUUAUGUUGCACAGUA